AAUAGUGUCAGCUGAUGGCAGUGUCAGCCGUUGUUCAUAAGGGUGGAAAAUAUAGUGCAUACCCAGUAUCUGUCACAGGAUUUCAGACACACAGUUUUGUUACCGUCAUGGAGGAACGAGCUGUUUUAGCAAACAUUGCCACAAUCAUUACAAAGGAUUUGCUCAUCGAUGAGCAGCACAGACACAGCAGCAGUGGCAGCUUCUUUUCCAGCAGUUAUCCGUUGCUCGACGCCAGCGAUGACGACGAGGCCGAAAUCUUUGCAUUAAUGCAGCAAAAGCGUGCCGUCGCAUCAGCCGGGCAGGUUAAGGGCAAGCUGAAGCGCACGCAUAUCGAAGAGCCAGCGGCGGCAAGCGAUAGGAUUCCCAGCAAGUUGGCCAGAUUGGAGUGGAAAUAUGCAGAGCUUAAUUUGCUGCAACGCUAUGCGGAUGCUCAGUUUGAAUCUUACCUACAUAUGCGCAAGCUAACCUUUCUGAAAAUCCAGCAGGCUCUGGAGGAUAUUUUGCAGAGAAAUGCAUUGCCGGGCGCUCCUACUCCACAGACAACCCUCUCGUUGGCCCUAUGGAAACUGGCUACAGAUGAACAUUUCGAGGAAAUCGCACGCAAAUUUCAGUUUCCUUGGUCGGUGUGCCAGCAGGUGGUGCGCAGCUUCUGGCACAUUAUCUCUGACAACUAUGAAAGUUUUAUCAAGUGGCCCAACUCUCUGGAGGCCCAGCAGAGUACACUGCAGGGCUUUCAGAACGUGCCGCAGCUGAGUUGCUUCCGCGAGCUGUUUGGCGUAAUAUCCCUGAAGCGUCUGGACAUUUUCCUGGAAUGCGAACAUGCCGAGGUGGCCGUAGUGCUUCAACUGAUUUGCAAUGGCGAGCAUAAGAUCAUUGACUGCUAUGUGGAGCUGGAACAGGAUUACACGUUCGAGGAAUCGCCGAUUGGCCAAACGCUCGCUCUCAAUCCACGCACAAUGCCAGCCGGCAGCUAUUUAAUUGGCAGCAGUAGUUUUCCACUCAAAUCCUAUUUGGUCCGACCUAUUGAGGCAGAAUGCUUUCGCAAGGAUACCGUCUUUAACGGUUUGUUGGAGCCAGCAUACCAGUUAGCCGACGAUGUGUUGGAUACUUUGGCGCGUCGUUUUCAAACUUUAUAUGCUCUAGAGGCCCGUGAUUUGAACGAAGUGCGGCUGAUUGUGGAGAGCAUUUGUGCUAUGCACAACUUAUGUGUGGAUUUCCAAGACAACUAUUUAGAGACGGAGGCUGGUGGACAAAAUAAAUUUAGCUGGGGCGGAGAUCUUCCUGGACGUAGAGGCAGCGAGAAGGAUGCCAAGGGACUACGUCGCCGGAUGGAACUUCUUGACGCACUGGUGAACACUGAAGAGGGGGAAUAAUAUAUAUAAAAUAAAAAAUGUACGAUACGCUAUGCUGCAAAUAACUUGGGAACAUCUAACUGUAAUAUCAACAUAAGAACCGUA